AUGGAGGCGGAGCGGAUCGGGAGGAGGAAGUGGAGGAGCCUCAAGAAGCGGCUGGCGCUGAUGGGCUGCUGCGUCAGCUCUUGGGGCUUUCGUGCCUCCAAUCCCACAAUCAUCACAGAUGAAAUUUACCCAGAAGGGCCGGAGGAGGAGGUGGUGGUGGGGAUGGGGGGCGCAACUUCGGCCGAGGAGACGAAUCUGGCUGCGGCGCUGGCGGCUGAGCGGAAUUACCGGGUGGCUUCUGUGGCGGAGGUGGGUAGAGUGGAGGGGAAGAGGACGGAGGCGCCGAUGCCGGUGUCGCUGAUGAGGUUGUUGGAGGAAGGAGAGGAGAACGGGGAAGGGGAAGGAGGCGGCGGAGGAGAAGCGUGGUGUUGCUGCUGCGUGUGCAUGGGCGGGCGGAAGGGGGCGGCGUUCAUCCCGUGCGGGCACACCUUCUGCCGCGUGUGCGCACGAGAGCUGCGGGCGGACCGUGGCACCUGCCCCCUCUGCAACCGUCCGAUCCUCGACAUCCUCGAUAUCUUCUAA